AUGGCUCGAAGUCAGUGCGUUCGCAGCCUGCUCGAGGAUGCAUUCGGCCAGCUGGAGCCAUGCGUGAGAACUGCGACCAGUGGUGAGGAUGGCGAGGAUGAGGAUGCACAAAUAGCUGCAGUUGUUGCGAAGCUAGCUGAAGACAGCUUCCAGCUGGAGGCUGUGCACCAAAAUCUUCGGGACAAGCAGCUGGACUCCAAAAGACUAUGUGCUGCGGGGCUGGUUGCCCACAUCGAGGCAGAGAAGCAGGAAGGCCCUGACGAUCUCCAGCAAGCAGGAUAUCCAUCCGAGCAACCUGUUCAGACAGGGCCGGGUCAGCAGAUCGGCGUCAAAACCAAAGGCGCGAGGCCUGCGCCCCUCCAGCUGAUUCCGGAAGCUGCAGUCUUUCAAGGCUGCCGAGUCGGACAAACCUAUGACGUGAGGGUCGAGAUCCGCAACAUGUCGGGCAAAGCGUUGUGCCCACGAGUGAUGCCCUGCACCAACCGGGCGUUCUCCAGCGACCCGAUCCGAUUCGAUGCAGCUACUAGGCGACUGCCUGGAACAGCAUCUGGAAGCAUUCCACCAAAUUUGUCUGCUUAUCUGGUCGCCACCCGGCAGCAGCAUAAGAGCAUGAGAUGCAGCACAACCGUAAAGCAAUCCCCAACGUGUAUUGAUGCCCCACAUCGACCUUCCAACAGCAGUCCAGAUUGCAAGUUAAAAGACCCUCCCUCGUAG